UGCACAGGCAAGUACACGAGAUCACACCAGGUAGAUUACGUUUGUGGGAAUGCACUGUUCAGCACCAUUUUCUAUCCAUGAUUCUAGUAGCUGGGGAUUAUUAUUAUUUUAAUCUUGCCAUGGAUGAGGGAAUCCCCAGAAACUUGGCUGCCUAGAUACCAUAGAGUUGCCAUAUUUCAAAAGUGAAAAUCCGGACACAAAAAUUGGGUUGACGUAUGAUCUUAUUUUUCCAGAUAUUUCCACCCGGACACUGUUUUGACAGCCAAGUCCCGGCAAUUUCCAGGAAAUUCUGGAUGUAUGGCAGCCUUAAGAUACCAGUGAAUGGAAUCUCCUUACUCGGGGAGCUCCAGAAGACUUGUUCACUGAGCAUUCCUCCUGAAUUGUUUGCAAGGAGGUUAGAUGACAUUGCAUCAAUGCAAGUGUUAUUUCACACUUUCCUGUGCAUUUCCCCAUCACUUUCCUUAUCGCAAAGAGCAUAGCCUUUAGGAGAAGUAGGUUUGUGGCGCAGGAUGUCCCGGUCCACUAUAAUUGUGCAACCAGGGUUUGCCAGUAUGUGGUUGAAUCUAAUCUGAAAAUAGUGAUAGUCUGAAAGUGCCCUCAGUCCCUAUGCAGGCCUGGUCCUGGGAAGUAGGAAUAUGGGUUUCCCAGCUCUUCGUACCAGGGCGGAGGAUUGACAGUUCUAAUCUGAUAUAGUGACUGGAGGUUCAGAGCAUCAUUAAACAAUACAUGCCUACCUUUAGCAGAGCCUGUGGUUUUGGCUCUAAUCUGGACAAGUGGUGUUAAUGAAAAGUGGACAGGAAAUAGAAAGCGCACACACAGGACUGCCUUGUCAGCCUGAUCACCUUCCUCCAAUCUUGUGCCAUUUGCUUAAUAUCCCCAUAGUUUCUCCUUCAUAUGUUCUGUUGGAAGGGAAUAACACAAGCUGACUGCAGUGUCGCCUCGCAUGGUAUAGUGAGGAACCUUUUCAGCUGGAGGCCUCUGUUUGCUCAAUGGCAGCCACCUGUGGAUGCUGCGUGUCAGUGAUGGGUGGCGUCAGAGGCAAAAGUGUGUGGAGCAACAGGUGUGAUUUUUAACCUUCGUACAGUAAACUCAGAAGUGUUUACAUACACCCUCCACCCAUCCCACAUCUGUGUCCUUCAUCCAGACAAGCCAGAGGCAUGGUCACAGGUCAGGGACACAUUGCUGCCAGGGAAGAGCAGAGCCAUGGAGGGAUCAGGAGGGCCAGGUAAAGAGGCUUGGAGGGCUGCAUUCAGCCCCCAAAUCUGAGGUUCUUGCCUAUCACUGCUCUACGUGGAAGGCAUCUUUUUCCAGUGGCAAAAGCCAAGGGUGGGAGCCCCUGGGCAAGAAUUGGGUCCCUUGUCUGAUCCUCUGACCCAAACGGUUGACAUAAUGUCUUCCAAGGCAAAAUCAAACAUUUCCAUUUGCAAAAAUGUCAUGCUUUUUACUUGUGCCCCUAACUUCUAUUUCCAUAUCCCCGUUUCCUAGAUUGCACACAAGCAAUCUCUUGCCUGCUAUAUAGUUCAGUUGAUGGUGAAACAUGGUCUUCCAACUACUAUAACAAAAUUGUAGGGAAACAAAAAAAGAGGCAGCCUUGUUGUAUGCUGCUGUGACCCCCUAGCAAGUUAGGUAAGUUUCUAGUUCUAAGAAAGACGCAGGGAGUUUGAAAAAGUAAACAACUUUAUUCCUGCAGCAUGUGAGGUGGUACCAGCUGAAAUGAGCAAAUAGCAUUUCCCUCUUCCUGCUGCCCCUUAACCAGUAAAUUAACCUAUGAAAGUUGCAGUUGUGGAAUGUCAAAAAAAUAUGGCAGAACCGUGUGAAUUUGCUUAAGGUUAUUUUGUCACAAGAGCAUAAACUUGCAUCUUUUGGGUUAAAGCUGUUCGGCGUUGAAAGCUGGCAGGAGCACUUAACAUUGGCUUUUCAACACAAUGGCGGCUGUUCUGGCUUGGCCCCUCUAGUGAGAGCAUUGGGCCUUUCCUGUUUUAUUGGAACUCUGGCGAGGAGAGUGAUGACUAGCCUUUAAUCUAGUGCACAUGCUCUGUUUUUGAGAAGUGCUCUUGUUUCUGGUACAGUCUUUUAGGAUACUUUUUUGCAAAAUGAAUCCAUAGGUCACUUUUUUAUUAGGAAGGUGAGGGAGCCGCUCACUCUUGUUGGUGGCAUUCCUUCUGAAAACAGCAAAUAGGUCUAUAAAGCCAUUUUACUACUGGCCAUUUUUAGGAAAAAUGUGUUUACUUUGAUUGUGCAGGCCUAUAGAACCCAGAGAGCAUAUUAAGAAGAGUCUUGCUGGAACAGCGCAAAUGCACCUGCAUGCGCACGCACACACACACUCACUCUCACAAUCACAUUCGUUGCCCUGAGCUGCUAUUGUUAAGUAGUUGGGAGCCAGACCUCCUUGCUGGCUUGCAAAUCAUAUAGAGAUCUGCUUUACACCCACCAACGGAGAGGGUGAGGGUCGAUUCUGCACAAUCCAUCUGGCAGGAAUCAUCAAGGAUAUAUGCAGAAGUCUCUGGAUCACGUGAGAGUGCAAUGACAUAAUGCUGCCUUGCGGAGUCCCCUGUAUCAUUCCUUUUGAGCGAAGAGCGGGAGCUUUGGACCUAUAGGAAAAAUAGGACAUAUAUGAAACCCCCCAUGAUUCAGUUUUCCUAGCCUCCCUUCCCCAUUCAGGUAGAAAAAGAGGCACUGUUGAUUUAUAACCGAGCAUGUCACACAGAGCUAUUUUGGGUUGCUGCGCUCUUUGGGGGGAUCGUGGUGGAGAUUUCAGUGGAAUGUGGCCAAACCCCAGACUGUGGCUGCGCCUGCCUGCAGGAGAUGUAAUUCAACAGCCUCCGCUAACGAAGCGAUUGGUGUAACUUAAUGCAUCAACAGCGAGGGGUGUGCGCCAGCCUCGCCUGGCGAAGUCGGAGGCGGAACACAGAUUUGAGAAUGCGGCGAGUACCGGUAUAAUACGAGGCGAGAUGGGUGUGGCCUCUCGUGUAAUAAGGAGGCGUAACUUUUUUCCCCCAAGCAGGGUGUGGCCAUGGCUUUUUAAUUAUUGGCUUUCCCUAUGGAGGCGUGUCCUUUCCCUGCGUUGCGAUAGGUCACUGGGGCCCUAGAGUGUGCUUUGCAUGCUCAUUGAGAUUGGCUGGUUGGAGGUGCGCGUCCUUGUCUAGGCCUGGAGGGGGCGCUGAUUGCCGGGUUAAGGAUGGUGCAGCGGCCGUGGAGGCGGCGGCUGCCUGGGCUGUGAGCGCGGGGGCACCGGCAGGCAUGGGGCGGUGGCGGAGCCUGCUCCGGGCACUCGGCUGCUUCAUCCUCUCGCUGCUGCCGUUCCUCGGGGCCGGCGCUGCCGCGGAUCGCCCGCUGCAAGUGCUGCACGGCUGCCUAUUUGACAGGAGACUCUGCUCCCAACAGGAAGUCUGUGUGCAAGAUGGAUUGUUUGGUCAGUGCCAGGAAGGUUCCCUUCAAGAUAAGCCGUACUUCCAGGUUACAGCCUCUGUGCUCCAGCGUUUGCAGGAUGUGCUACGGCAUCUCAUGGCACAAGGUUUAUCAUGGCAGGAUGACCUUACCCAACAUGUGAUCUCCCGGGAGAUGGAACGCAUCCCCAGACUUCACCUUCCACCUCCUUGGGAGUCUGUAGCUGAGGACAGGUUCCUGCCUACUCACCUGUCUCCCAGGAGAUCCUCCUCGCCACCAGAGCCUGCCUCCCUCCAGACAGCUCAUCAGCCCCCUCUCCCUCCAGUCCUCCUGCAGCGGUACCUGGAGCUGCUGUUGGCUUCUCAGCCUGAGCUAGGCUACAAGGAGCCCUUCUUAUCUUCAUAUCCACAUCACCAGUUCAGCUACCCAGAUGGUACCUUCCGGGACAACCCCAACACUCACAAUGCUGAGCACCCUGCUCUGCUGGACCGAGCUGCUGCUUCCAAGGCCCUGUUUGGUGCCAGCACUGCUCCCUCCUAUAGGGGGCAGCAGGGACUGGAUGGAGGUCAACUUUUCCAGGACCUGGGAGCACUUUACCUAACACAGGAGCAGGCAGGUAAAUCGAGAACUAUGGCGCAGCAGAAGCACGAUUCCAGGACGGAUGGCCCCUUUCCGGACCAUGGAGACAGCUCUGAAUACAGAGGGGAGCUCCUGGCAGAGUCAGAUAGAGCACUAGAGAGGCUGGCGGCAGUGCUUGCCAGCUAUGGCAUCAGGCCCCAGGAUCUCACUCGCCAGCAUCUCAGCUCCUUUGCAGGUCUUCUCCGGCUCCUCCGGAGUCCAGCUGGAAGGCUUGGACCAGACACUCCAGAAUCUAAGCGGGUGACAGAAGCUGAAAUGCAACAUGGGGAGGAGCUGGAGCCACCCCCCUCUCAAGAGAGCUAUGUCAGUGCUGUGCCCACAGAGGGGCAGGAGCAGAGGGAGACGCUUAGCCCAACUAAGGCCAAAAUAACCAUGACGACAGCUUCCCCAGAACAACCUGAGCCCCUCCACGCUGGUGAGGAGGAAGCAGCUGGCCUCAAGAGGCAGGUGGCGGUGAUGAAGAAGAGCCACACACCAGGAGGGGGACCUGGCAAGGAUGAGGACCGGCCAGAGACAGCGCUGACUGCUGAGGAAUACGGCUACAUUGUCACUGACCAGAAGCCACUGGGUCUUGCUGCUGGCAUCCGGCUCCUGGAGAUUCUGGCUGAGCAUGUGCACUUGUCCACUGCCAGUUUCAUCAACAUCAGUGUUGUGGGCCCAGCUCUCACCUUCCGCAUCCGUCAAAACCACCAAAACCUGUCUCUGGGUGAUGUGGCCAACAGGGCUGCACGGGUGAAGCCACAGCUGGAGACGGAGGUGGGAGUGAAGAUCCUACAGACAGGUGUCGGGCAGCGCAACGAGGCUGCGACCUACCCGCACCCCACACACUUUGGCGACACCUUCCGCUCGGUGCUGCUCACCUUUAUCUUGCUGGCCUGCGUGGCUGGCAUUGUGAUAGCCGCCGCGGUGGUCUUCUGUCUGCGCCAGCAUGCCAAGCAGCGAGAGAAGGAGCGGCUGGCAGGGCUGGGGCCUGAGGGAGCGGCUGACAGCACCUUUGAAUACCAGGAGUUGUGUCGGCAGCACAUGGCUGCCAAAUCACUGUUUGGCCGUGCCGAAGCUCCCUCGCCCUCCGCUCCGGCGGAGAAUUCCCGCGUCAGCAGUGUCUCCUCACAGUUCAGCGAUGCGCCCCAGGCCAGCCCCAGUUCCCAUAGCAGCACGCCAUCCUGGUGCGAGGAGCCUGUGCAAUCCAACAUGGACAUCUCUACUGGGCACAUGAUUCUGGCAUACAUGGAGGACCACCUGCGCAACCGUGACCGGUUAGCCAAGGAGUGGCAGGCGCUGUGUGCAUACCAGGCUGAGCCUAAUUCCUGUGAGGCUGCGCAGCGUGAAGCAAACAUCAAGAAGAACCGCAACCCUGAUUAUGUGCCCUACGAUCAUGCCCGCAUCAAGCUGAAGGCAGAAAGCAAUCCUUCCCGCAGUGACUUCAUCAAUGCCAGCCCUAUUAUUGACCAUGAUCCACGGAUGCCAGCAUACAUUGCCACACAGGGGCCACCGUCCCAAACCAUCGCUGACUUCUGGCAGAUGGUGUGGGAGAACGGCUGCACUGUCAUUGUCAUGCUGAGCCCUCUAGUGGAGGACGGCGUCAAACAGUGUGACCGCUACUGGCCUGAUGAGGGCUCCUCCCUGUACCACAUCUAUGAGGUGAACCUGGUCUCUGAACACAUCUGGUGUGAGGAUUUCCUGGUGCGCAGCUUCUACCUGAAGAACGUCCAGUCUCAGGAGACACGAACUCUGACACAGUUUCACUUCCUGAGCUGGCCUGCAGAUGGCAUCCCCACCACCACACGGCCUCUCCUCGACUUCCGCAGGAAGGUGAACAAGUGCUACCGCGGCCGCUCAUGCCCAAUCGUCAUCCACUGCAGUGAUGGCGCAGGAAGGACUGGGACGUAUAUCCUUAUUGACAUGGUUCUGAACCGAAUGGCCAAAGGUGUGAAGGAGAUCGACAUCGCAGCCACCCUGGAGCACGUGCGAGAUCAGCGACCUGGCAUGGUGCAGACAAAGGACCAGUUUGAGUUUGCACUGACAGCCGUGGCGGAGGAGGUGAACGCCAUCCUGAAGGCCCUGCCACAGUGAUGCCCCACUCGGCGUACCCCAGCUUUGUGACUCCCCCCCAACUCGAUCCCUUUUGCCUCUGCUGUGCCGUGUCCUUGCCUGGGAUGUUCUUCCUUCACAAAGUCUAUUUCCAUGUUAUCGACCAUGACUGAAUUUAAGCUACGGGUGGUGGCCCCUCACCUGCCUGCCCCACCCAUCUGCCCCUAACCCUCCUCUUACUGUUGGGUGCUACCCUGCCCAUGUUCUCUUGGAACAGGGGUUGCCAGUGUUGUGCCCUCCACAUGCUGCCGGACAACUACAACUCCCAGGAGCCCUAGCUAGCAUUGCAAAUAGCCAGUUUGUAGUCUAGCAACUUCUGGAGGUUGACUGUCCUUGCUCUGGACGCAGCCCUUAGUUAAUGGCAAGUGGGUACUUUGACACACUUUGGAGGUUAGCCUGUGCCCUAAUAAACAUUGCUGGGUGUGCCGCAGAGCAAUACAAGGGGCUCUGCGCUCAGACAUGGAGUUAAGACACCUUUCAAGGCAAGUUUUCCAAGGAGCCUCCUACGUGUGCCCAGCCACUGUAGAUGUGCCUGCUUCUACAAAGGUGAGAGGUGUAGACUUUGUGGGUGCAUGCGAGCUCCUCAGCUAUACUAUAAAGAAUGCUGCUUUGUCCCUGUGCCAUAAUCAGGGAUAAUAUCCACGACAAGGCACUGCUAGGGAAGUCUAUCUAAUUGAACCAUGUGGUCCUCAUGCCCCUUCCAUCUCUUCCUCCUCCAAUCAUCUCCUCACCCUCAGUUUGGAGCAGCCCCCAAAGAGUCCCUAGGUCCAUGACAGGUGAGAGUGGGGAAAGCGUAACAAGGCUUCUACCCUAAUCACUCCUUUACCCUAUGUCAGGCAUGGCCAAACUUGGCCCUCCAGCUGUUUUGGGAUUACAACUCCCAUCAUCCCUAGCUAACAGGAACAGUGAUGAUGGGAAUUGUAGUCCCAACUGGGGGCCAAGUUUGGCCAUGCCUGCCCUAUGCCUACUCCCCGUUACUUACAUCCUAGCAGCAUUUCCCUCCUUUUCAAAAAAAAGGGGGGGACGGGGUGCCCCUCUGGGAGAGAUAGACUCAAGCCUGCUCCUCCCCACUGUGUUGCCCUCUCCAUUUUCUCUCUGUGAUGUUACGUACACCAAGAGACAUUUCUAGAGAAUCUAAUUUUGUAUUUGAUGUGAAUAAAGUUUUUGUGUCGCGUUUG